UCCCUGGUAAACAAUUGACAUCUUGUUCGAGCGUUGGGAUUUGUUCCUUUCUCUGAUCUUGCGAUUCUUUCUUGCUCUCUAUAUAGGUGCUAUGGUCCUUGCCCAUUCGUUACGCGACAAUGGAUCGACUGCGAAGCUCGUUGUCCUCUUUACGCCCGAUACAUUGCGGCCGGCGACGGUGAAUGAGCUUCAGACUGUUUACGAUGAGCUCAUACCUGUCGACCCGAUGACGAAUGGCAGUCCGGCAAAUCUCUGGCUCAUGGAGCGCCCGGAUUUAAUCGCCGCAUUUACCAAGAUCGAACUCUGGCGCCAAACACAAUUCAAACGUAUAGUGUACAUUGACUGUGAUGUUGUAGCUCUUCGGGCUCCGGAUGAGCUCUUGUCCUUGGAUGUGGAUUUUGCUGCUGCUCCGGAUGUCGGCUGGCCGGAUUGCUUCAACAGCGGGUUGAUGGUUCUUCGUCCAAAUCAUCAGGAUUAUUAUGCUCUUAGAGCGUUUGCUGAGAGGGGAAUCAGUUUCGACGGGGCCGACCAGGGGUUGCUGAACAUGCACUUUCGGGAUUGGCAUAGGUUAAGCUUUACGUAUAAUUGCACCCCUAGUGCAAAUUAUCAGUAUGUACCGGCCUAUAAGCAUUUCCAAAGCACAAUCAGCUUGAUUCAUUUCAUUGGUGCCCAAAAGCCUUGGAAUAUGCCAAGGAAAGUGGUUCCUAUCGAAUCACCGUACAAUCAAUUACUGGGGAGAUGGUGGGCUGUGUAUGAUAAGCACUACCGUCCUUCCCCAAAUAUACCUGCACACCAACCUACCAUCGAGUCUCUUGCCCCGCCGAUCGACGUUCGAGCCCAGGAAACAGAAACUACUGCGGUACCGCAAACCAAGCUAUCUCAACCUCCCUCAGAAGCAAGUUUUCACACCCCAGAAAGACCUGUGUAUGUCCCAGAAUGGAUAGUGGGAGUUUCAGAAGGGGCUGUCGAUGUUUCCUAUGAGCUGCGCUCAGAGCCAUAUUCAGAACCACGGCCGGAGCCUCUACCGGAGCUUCUACCGGGGUCACAGCCAGCUCAGUAUAUAGAACAUACCAACUUCAGGGAAAAUCAUUACAAGCAUGAUAGUCAGGUCCCAGACGCACCGUCCAGCCCUGUGGCCGUACACGUGGAACACGCGCAAACAUAUCACCACGAACCUCAUUUAGAUGAGAGAAAACAAGCCCCGGUUUUGAGCGCCGUACCGCAGUACGUCCGCGGAGAAGAACACAUCACAACCUACAUACAACCAAUUCCUCAUCCACCAGUUACUCAAGCGGAACAGCCUAUAUGGGGACCAGAGCCUAAUAUACCACAGAACCCAACCCCUCCGGUCGAUCUUGGGUUCCAAACUCAGCAACACCCAGCACAGCCUGUGUCUACGCCUGGUGUCGUUGAGCAGUGCCAAGAAUCAUCUUCUUUUCCAAACCCCCCAGAGCCUGCGUCACCAGUAUUUGAGCCGCCCACCAUGGAUUGGGAUGCAUCUCGGGAACCUCCACCACUUAAUUCGAAGCCCGAGGGAAUCGCGUUGCAGUCACAUACUUACACCAUGUCAGAAGAUACACAACUUUUUCAACCCCCUGCAUCUUACCCAGAGGCCCCCAAAAAUAUGUAUUACCAGGUGCCUGCCACGAAGCCGGAGCCGACGAAAAUCGCCCCAGUGUUUCCUUGGGAGGGCAUUGCACCAAAGCCAACUCGCGUUUUCCCGGAUGACGAGCAGAGCUCUGUUUCAACUACCACUCGGCCGUACUCACCGCCAUCCACAAGAGAUGAUACCGGGCCAUCCGUAGGAUCUUGGACAUCAUGGGCAUCCGAGGAACAAGCACCGACGGAGUCAUGGGAGAAUUAUACCAGGUCCAACGCCUGGGAUGAAGUCCCUGAAAUUCAGCGGUAUAUUCAGUCCAUCCAGCAACCUCGGAGAGCCAAAACUCAAGUACUAUCUGGAUCACCGGGAGGCGCACCAAUUCAAGAAACAUUCAGUUACGAUACAUCUGGGCACAGGAUCACGGAUUUCCCAAGUGAGGUGGACCGCCCUAGCCUUCCAGUUACACCGGCACCGAUCAGGAGAUCAACCUUCUGGGACCAGGGAGAGGAAUCUACAGAACUACCAGCCGCGAGAGGAGUACCAGACCAAGAGGACUGGGUGGGUAUCACGGUUGAUGUGUUUCUGCACCUGCUGCAAGCAUCAUACUUAUACUGGAAGUUCACAGAAUCCGUUGGCACUCCUCGAAGAACUUCAACGGCGGCAGUCCGAAAUCUUGGACAACCCAGACUUAAUCAUUAGGAGAACAUCACCAUUCUGACCGGUACUGGAUCUGGACAACCCCAAAAUAAUAAUAGUCAAGUUUCUGCCUUUUUUUUUAUUAUGACUGAUACGUUUUGGUGUCAAAGCUCACUGCGAUAUUCAAUAACUGUUGUGUCUAGUUUUUGGUGUCAAUAUGUUUUUCUUGCGGUUUAGCAUCUAUCCUCCGAUUGAUUUUCAUGAGAUGUAUAUUAUCUACCUCAUAGAUCCAGCCGUGCAUUGAUGAGCGAAUGUUUCUGUUUGGUUGUUCUCUUCGUUCGAUUGUUGAACCUUUUUUUUUUUCCGGUUCUCAAUGCUCCAGAGACCCAUUCUU